AUGCCUUCUUCUGGUGCGUAUGAGGACAGCUACAGUGUACUGAUAAAAAUUUAUUUAUUUAUUUCAUGUAUGUGGGUACACUGUCACUGUCUUCAGACACACCAGAGGAGAGCAUCGGAUCUCAUUGCGAGUGUCGCUAUUAGUGGUCUGGAUUCUGCAGAUAUAGAAGUUGCAGACAGCCGUUUGCCUCAUGCCACUCUUGUGGAACAUCGACCCCAGCAUCAAAGAUCUGACACGCAGGGUCCACGUAUGGAGCCACUUCCAGUAAUCCAGAAUAAGGCAAGCUAUGCUUCGAGACUACCCCAAGCCACUGGCCGAUUUUCUGUGGAGCUGGUCAGAGGUCCUGCAGGCUUUGGUCUCACUUUAAGUGGAGGCCGUAAUGUAUCCGGGAAUGUGCCGUUGGCUGUAUGUGGACUGCUGAAGGAUGGGCCAGCACAGCGAUGUGGUCAUUUGCAGGCUGGUGAUCUUGUGCUCUAUAUCAAUGGACAGUCAACACGGGGCCUCACUCAUGCCCAGGCAGUGGAAUGGAUUCGCACUGGAGGCCCCCGCCUUUGCCUGGUACUCCAGCGGCCUCAAGAGAUGAAUGGCAGUAGGAGCAAGGAGGUUGGAGGAGGACAUCAGAAGACAGAUCGCAUCCCAGAUCCUAGGGGAGGCAGGAUGAUGGAGUCUCGCGGCACCAUUUCCCCAGUUCACCACCGGCCCAAGACCCGGACUGGUCCGGGACCUAGUCCAGAGUCAGUGGCUACUGGCCACGUGGUUCGCGCAGCAGAGCACCCCGCAGAAGACCUGGAAGACCGUAUCCCUGGUUCCCCUGGGCCCUGGCUGGUGCCGAGCGAGGACAGGCUCUCACGGGCUUUAGGGAUUCGGGGUGGUGGCGUGCAGCUCGCUCAGGAGAUGGCAGCCGGAAGGCGGAGGCAUUGAGCACCAACAGACAGCUCAGUGCUCACUAGGUGAAGUCCCACAAGGUUCUAAUAAGCCGGACCGCCAGGCUCUAAGCUUUUCCCUUACAGAUUUAACAUGGUUUAGUACCUUCCCACUGCUCACUGCACAGUGGACUGGUCCCCACCCCUUCAAGACGCCAGUAGUAUGGCCCUCCCAGAGCCCAGAGCGCUCGCACCCCACCACCCCCACGUCCGCGUGCGCACAGCUUCUCCUAGUUCCCUCUCAGGCUGGGAGGCAAUAAAAUAGCUGGAUCCAGUUCUGACUUGCUAGGUGCUCUAGGCGGGGUGAGGCUUCCCAGUCCACCCUGGAAGGGAGGGGUGGGUUGAUCUAGUUUCGAUGAAGUCCCUUUGAAACCAUCCGAAAGCUACGUGCUUCAUGCCUCCAGAUGGGUCUUUAUUUCUGCUUGCUCCCUAGUUUGCUUUGCUAACCCCUGCCCUUCAUUCAUUCAUUUCACUUCCGGAGUACGCACAGUAUUGCUUGUGGCGUGGGUAAUGCAGAAGUGGGCCUGUUGUGGGAGUGUCCCAGUAAGCUCAGGGUUCCCGCAUGGAAUUCUUCAGACCCUUAGCUGACAUCAAGAUAGCAAAUCUAGAAGCCUGGCGCCUUCCUCCACCCAGUGUCUGUGGUCUCCCACUUCCGGCUUGAAAAAUUAGCUUUAACUGUGGCGUGCUAUCCCAGGGGCGCGGGCUGGGGCCCUGGACCCCACUUUGAGACAGAGUGGGGAAGGUGUGAGUCAGCGUCCCGGGUAGGCCAGGCUAAAAAGAGCUGUUAGAAGUCUUUGGGCCACGCCUCCUCUUUUCCUUAGCCGGUGACAAACUGCACCGGGCAGUCCUGGUCUGGGAAGAGACUAAAGUUUCCUCCACCCUGAGAGUUGAGUCCUAAAAGCUUAUAUGGACAGAAGAUUCCAACCCGGAUAGCCACAAAGUAGGCGCUGGCCAAUGCUACAGAUGUCCAGUCACCUUGCUGUUAACCACAUCCUGAACAUUCAAUCCCAUCCCCCAAAGAGGGAAGUUGUGGUCUAAACAGGCAACUUUCUCCCCUGUAAGGAGGGUGAGGGGGAGGGGAGAAAUGACAGGUCCAGAGUCUCAGGUGGCAGUGGGGGUGGGGCGGGGCAGACUGCAAUCCAAACAGGGACAGCUGGGGUAUAAAGAAGUGAACACUUGAAGUGUUAGCAUGUGGUGACUUAUGACUCAGAGUACAGUGGGAGUAUGGUUCCCCAGAAGUCAGGAAAGGGUUCUAGUACACAAUUCCUAAACAGUCACACCCAGGGAACUAAUAUAGUAACCUCCACCACCAUUUACUCAGUUUAGCUUUACCCUGCUGCUAGCUUUAACGGGAUUUUUACUUUCAUCUGGUUAUACACCUACUCGACAACUCGGUCGGUCAGAUCAUUUCACAAAAGGGGAAAAUGAGGCCCAGAGAGUGCAAAUGGGCCCGGAGGGGGAGCACUCACAGCAAGAUUAGUUAAAGCUUGGUUUGGAAGCCUUUCAUGAUAAUCUUAGCCAGAUUUGACAAAGUCUAGUUGAACCAACUGGAUACCUGCUAGAGUGGUUCUAUGGUGAUGUCAGGGAGCUGCUAUAAUGAAAGUAGAUGGAUAUCAGUAAAGAAUGACAAGAAUCCAUAAAAGAUAACUUCCAAGAGAAGUGAUAGUUACAGCAAUAAAGGUUAUGGCUGGAGA